AUGUUUUCUGCUCUUGUUGCUAGGUUGGCAAUGGCCCACAACAAUAUUGCAAACAGCUUCAAUUGCAAAGUACUAGCCAUCAAACCACCAACAUUGUCACCAUUUAGGUCGACCAGUAACCGGACCAGUGCAACACCAACUCCUGACAUUUCAACCAUCAUGGACUUCUCGCAGAUCGAGAUCGGUAGACCAUUACGGGUUCCAGAUGUUGCUCCACCAAAAGUUCCAUACAAAAUCUGUCCAGAUCCAUCUGCAAUAAUAUGGAGGUCGAGAAAGUCAAAGAGAAAGGGCAGCUCAUGA